GCUUUGGUAUGCAGAGAGAGAUACCGUCGCUAUUGCGUAGCGAAAAGCGUUGAGUUCACGGGUGCAUUUGGAGGGUUUAACACUUUGUGUUAAUGCCAGUGAUUUUGUCGAUGUAAGGCGUUGCUGAUGUAUAACAUUUGGGGUUGGAAUCUGAUGAACGGAAAUCUUUCGCUGCGUGGGUUAUGGUGCUGUAUGUACGAGAGGAUGCCAAGAAGCUGACGACGCCUGUGCAUUGUCUCCGCAUGCUGAAACACUACCUCGAUACCUCAACGUUAUGCACGCUCACUCCGUACCUCAACACCUUCAUUCGCUGCUUGAAUACUGAUAACCAAUUUGUGAGGUUGGAUCAAGUAGUAGGAGCCUGUCGAUGCUACCCUGCCUCUAACGGCGCGUUAGCGCAGGAUCGUCUAAUUUCCGAGGUGCAAACGACUGGACCUCCUCGUCGAUGAGUCUUCCCGAAGCAGGAUGGUUGCACACGACAGAGGUAUUACUC